UCAAUUCCGAUUUUGUUGUCCUUCAAGAAGAGGAGACUUGACGAAAACACUGAAAUCAUUUUCGACAAUUUUUGGGGGGAUUUCUCACUUGUUGCAAAGCAAGCAGGAGCACCAUGUUUUACAAAUUCAAUUCUAUCACGCAAAAUUUGACGUCAGCGUCACAAGAUGUGUCCAUGGGCCGGCCUGUUUCUGUCCAGGGAUUAUCGUCAUCCAUAGCAGAGACCCCAAAAACAUUUUACGACUUUAAGCAAUCAGCUGUCCCCAAAAAGGCUGAAGCCCGCCAGAUGUCACAGUCAGCGGUGUCUGGGAAGUAUCCUGUGCCAAACAACUCAGCAUACAAGAAACUGAUGGCGCUGCAGACCAGAUUCACAGCCGCUGAUGGGAAACUGGUUUGGCAGAAGCUGCCCAAAGAUAUGCCUCUCUAUUACCUCUCUGUAGGUUUGGUGUCUGCUGGUGUCCUCCUGACGUUUUACACACUCAAGCAAAUGGCAACACCUCCUAAAAAUGAAUGAUGAAUGAAUUUUUUAGUCAAAAAGUGUACAUUUGAUUGAUUCAUGUUGCUAUUUUUUUUCCCCACAUGACUGGUGGUAAAUUAUUAAUUGUUGUUUUCAAUGAUUGUCUAAAAUUGUCUUUGUGUGGACAACAGGAGACUGAGUGAUGCAGAAUACUUGUAUGGUAUGAAUAAGGAGUAAGAAAAAAAGACAGUGAUGUGAUGAACUCCUCACGGUUUUGUGCUUUGAAUGGCUCAGUGAAUUUUGUUGCAGAGAUGAAUUGAAUUGACAUACUAAGCUUUGAGUCAAGACUUUAUUUUUUACUCUACAAUCUUUGUUUGUCUAGUUAUCAUGUCUCUGCACAUGUUUUCUGACUCUAAAGACAUACUUAACACAGUCCUUGAUUUUAUAGGAACGAAUUAAAAGUGGAAAUUUGAAA